UGGUGCCAUGAUGGUCUGUCUUUUCCUGUUCUAGAGAAAGGUUGCUUCCUCAAAUGAUAAUUUCCUCCAUGAAAAACACUUCUCUUUCAUCUUGUCUCCGAUGAAGAAUCGACCACAAAUUCUUCUUCCUUAUCUUCUAUUCGCAAUUCUAUCCAUCCAAUCAGUGUUAGCAAUAGAUUUUGUCUACAACAGCUUCAAUUCCUCCAGUAUAUCCCUUUAUGGCAACGCAACCAUCGAAUCUCAUAUCCUCACACUAACAAAUGAAACAGUUUUCUCAAUUGGUCGUGCUCUGUACCCUGCAAAGAUUGUCACAAAGCAAGCGACUUCAUCAUAUGUGCUUCCAUUUUCGACAUCUUUCAUUUUUGCUAUGGCUCCCAACAAGAAGUACCAGCCUGGUCAUGGCAUAGUUUUCUUGUUUGUACCAAAAACAGGUAUUGAAGGCACCGACGCAGCUCAGAAUUUAGGCCUGUUAAACUUGACAAAUAAUGGUCUUCCUGGUAACCAUCUUUUUGGAGUUGAAUUUGAUGUGUUCAAGAAUGAAGAAUUCAAGGAUAUAAGUGACAAUCAUGUGGGAUUAGAUGUCAAUUCACUUGUAUCGGAAGUUGCUAAUGAUGCUGGCUACUGGCCUGAUGAUGGCCAGCCCUUCAAGCCACUGAAGAUGAAUGAUGGCAAGACUUAUCAAGUUUGGAUUGAUUAUGCUGAUUCUAGAGUUAAGGUGACCAUGGCACCAACUGGGAUCAAAAGGCCCAAGCAGCCUUUGUUGAAUGCAACGCUUAACCUUUCACAAGUUUUUCAAGAUGAAAUGUAUGUUGGAUUCACUUCAGCGACAGGGCAGCUGGUUGAAAGUCACAAGAUUUUAGCUUGGAGUUUUAGUAAUACGAAUUUUUCGCUGAGUGAUGCAUUGAUCUCAAGCGGUUUGCCGUCAUUUGAGCUUCCCAAAGAUCCAAUUUAUAAAGAAAAAGUGCUCAUUGCAGGUAUGACUGUUGGCCUUUUUAUUUUACUGCUUGUUGGAUCUUUAAUUUCUGUCUUUUUGAUCAAAAAUAGUCUGAGAAGAAAGAGAGAAAGAGAAGAAAUGGAAGAUUGGGAAUUAGAGUAUUGGCCUCAUAGGAUUACUUAUCAAGAAAUUGAAGCUGCUACAAAGAAUUUUUCUGAUGAAAACGUUAUUGGAGUUGGAGGUAAUGGGAAAGUCUACAGAGGCAUAAUGCCAGGAGGGGCGGCCGUAGCAGUUAAGCGAAUUUCUCACCAAAAUAGCGAAGGGAUGAGAGAAUUUAUAUCAGAGAUUUCGAGCUUAGGAAGGCUAAAGCACAGAAAUUUGGUGGGAUUGAGAGGCUGGUGUAAGAAGGAGAAAGGUAGCUUCAUAUUGGUUUAUGAUUAUAUGGAAAAUGGGAGCCUAGACAAGAGAAGUUUUGGGUGUGAUGAGAGUAAAAUGUUGAAUUGUGAAGACAGACUUAGGAUUGUAAAGGAUGUGGCUUCAGCACUCUCGUACUUGCAUGAGGGCUGGGAAGCUAAGGUGCUGCACAGGGAUAUUAAGGCCAGCAAUGUUUUACUUGACAAAGACAUGAAUGCAAGAUUAGGUGAUUUUGGCUUGGCUAGACUGCAUGAUCAUGGCCAAGUGGCUGCCACAACUAUGGUUGUUGGGACGGUAGGGUACAUGGCACCGGAGUUGGUCAAGAAUGGCAGGGCAUCGACACAAACAGAUGUGUUUGGAUUCGGAGUCUUGAUCUUGGAAGUCAUCUGUGGCAGACAACCAAUAGAAGAAGGAAAGCCACCUCUUGUAGAUUGGGCAUGGGAGCUAAUGAGACGAGGCGAGUUGCUUAAUGCCAUGGAUGAGAGAUUAAGGUUGGAAGGGAAAUGCGAUGAAGAGGAAGUCGAAAAAAUGCUGCAUUUAGGCUUGUUAUGUGCGCACCCUGACCCUAGUGUCAGACCAACAAUGAGACAGGUCGUGAAAUUCUUUGAAGGAAAGACUGAUGCAGAUGAAUCUGACGGUGAAGAUAUGGACGUACACCUUCUUCAGAGGAUGAAAUCAAGGGAUAUUUGGCCUAAUUGCUCAAUCAGUAUUGGUUCACACCCCACAUUUGACGAGAUCAGAGUGGAUUUGUCCUCUUCGAUGUCUCUUUCUUGGUCCAAAUCUAUGGCAGAGGGUAGGUGAAUACGCGCACACAUCAAUUUAAAUGAUGAACAAAAUUUUCUCGGACGAUACAAUCUUUCUGAGACUGAAUGUAUCCCCAAUUCCAGGCCUGGCUCACUUGAGAAUGGACAUGCCGUGGUUGAGGAAAAUGAAGUGGGCAAAUCAGCAGAAUCAUAUUGUAGACUAGGAUAGAAAGGCUUGUGGUUUUCAAUCUGUACUCUUUCUUUAUACCUUCAUUUAUUCUGCUUUCACAAAAGAUUUUUUUUUUUUCCUUGUUCAGAGGUUUCCUUUUGUUAUGACACAUUUGUUAGGCUUUACAGUGUUCUUUAAGUCUAGUUGCAAUGUAAAUGAUAGCUUGAGCUCUCUCUAGAUGCAAAGAAGGAUGUUUCCUCUUUAAAGAUUGUCCUACGAACAAAAUGAUGUAGUAAAGAUUUAUAUGAAUGCCAUUUUCCUCU